AUGCACGCGGGAUUCCUGGGGUUCUCCGCCCUGCUGCUGGCGGCCGAGCAGAGCGCGCGUCUCUGCACCGUGAUUUAUUACUUCAUCACAGGACAGCUUCUGUGGGGGUGGCUGGCUUUUUCUGUCUUCCUGCCUGGCUUCUUGGUCCAAGGCCUAAGUUAUCUGUGGUUCCGAGCAGAUGGACAUCAAGGUCAAUGCUCUCUGGUGGUCCUGCACCUGUUACAGCUCGGCGUUUGGAAGCGGCACUGGGACACGGCAUCAGCUGCUCUGUCUAAGGAGUGGGAGGCUUCCCGCCUGGGCCAGCUGCUGCUGCAGGAGGCCGACCUGUCAGCCCUCCGGCUCUUGGAAGUCCUGCUCCAGACCGGGCCCCACCUGCUGCUUCAAACAUAUGUUUUUCUAGCCUCUGACUUCACAGAUAUUGUGCCAGGGGUGAGCGGUCUGUUCUCCUGGUCUUCGCUGUCUUGGGCCCUGGUGUCCUAUGCUCGUUUCAUGGGCUUCAUGAAGCCAGGCCACCUCUCCAUGCCGUGGGCUGCCCUCUUCUGCCAGCAGCUCUGGAGGAUGGGCAUGUUGGGAACCCGUGUCCUCAGUCUGCUUCUGUUUUUCAAAGCUUACCACGUUUGGGUCCUGGUUGUUGGAGGUGCCCACUGGCUGGUGAUGACUUUCUGGCUCGUGGCGCAGCAGAGCGACGUCAUCGACAGUACCUGCCACUGGAGGCUGUUCAACCUGCUCCUGGGGGCCGUGUACAUCUUCUGCUACCUUAACUUCUGGGACAGCCCUUCCAGAAACAGGAUGGUCACCUUCUAUAUGAUAAUGCUGCUGAAGAACAUCGUCCUUUUGCUGCUGGCCACUGAUUUUCUCCAGGGGGCAUCGUGGAGCAGCCUGUGGAAGAUAGCAGGGGUCAUGUCUGGAUUUCUGAUUGGCAGCGUCUCACUGGUAAUUUAUUACAGCCUGCUACAUCCAAAGUCUACAGACAUCUGGCAGGGCUUCAUAAGGAAGUCCUGUGACAUCGCAGGUGGUGAUAAGACAGAGAAAGAAUCUUCUCUCCAGGCUGUGGUUCCAGCUGGGGAGAAGUCGGAGAGCCCAGGCUUGUGCCAAGGGGAAGAUUAUGAGUUAACGUGUCUGCAGAAGUCCCCUAGUCCAGAGGUGGGGCUGGGAAGCCAGAGUACCCCAGACAACCCAUGCCUGGGGCACCACCACUGGCUGUUGGUGAAACUUGCCUUGAAAACUGAAAAUGUGUCUAAGAUCAACGCAGCCUUUGGAGACGACGAUACUGGCUGUUUUUGUCCCUCUGCUUGGGGCUCGAGUGAACACUACAGCCAGCAGAUAAAGCCCUUAUUUUCCCAGCAAGAGCUCCCAUCCUCACCCCAUGACCCCCUCACCUUAGAGAAAGGAUCAGAGGUUGAAGGCAUCCCUAAAGCAGAUGCCAACCCUUUGGAAACUUCAAGUUAUGUCUCCUUUGCCAGCCAUCAUCCCCACAGCACACCCACCCCCAAACUAUCAGCCUCCCAGGGGGGGUGCAGCAUGAAGGGAGACGCUCUCAUUUUGCCAUGUGGUGCCACAGCCUCUGGGGUGCAGGGAAGGGGUGUGAGUGGGCAACCGAGAGGAGGGGAAGGAAGGGGGAGUUCCACGCUCUACUUCAGUGCCACCACGGAAAGGGCUGAGUCCUCACACCAGGAAGGCAAGGCGUCUCCGCAGACGUCCCACUCUGGGAGGAGCUGGGGAGAGAGCAGCCCUGCCCCGACUGCCUCCCCUCAGCCGGUCAUUAAACCCUUUCCGGUCACCAUGGCGAAUAUAAGCCCGAUCCUGGGCACAGGCACAGGCACAGGCAAAAGCUUUUGCCCCAGUACAGGCUUUUGUGGAAGAGCCCUGGGGAGCACGGAGUGUGAGGGGCCACAGCAAACCUCAAGGGACCUAGGCCAUCAGGCCACUGUUGGCCUGUGGAUGCCCAUGCCCAGGACUGGGCUGAGGUCCGUCUGUGAGCCCUGCCUCACGUCUACCCCCAAGUCUGAGUCCAUCCGCAGGGACUGCUGCUGGAGGGAAAGGCCGAAGCAGGAGACGAGUUUUUUCAUUUGAUCGCAGUCGUGGGAGAAUAAGACUGUUCAUCAGUGUGUCAUGAUAAGAGAACUGGUCUGGGAUUUAGGAAAUUCCCACUUCCGACAUUUGUGUCAUUGGACAAGUCACACUGGCUCUGGGCCUCCAUCUGCCCAGCUGGAAAAUGAAGGAACAGGAUUAGAUAAUUUCAAAGAUCCCCAUGAACACUAUAGUGCACACAGACGUGAUACAUUCUCGCUAAUGCAGCGUGCAGGGAGAAGAAAAGACCUCCAGCUUGAAAGUGCCUGCUUUCUUUUAUAAGACUAUAUCAUCCUUGUUUAGCUUUUUGCUGGGGCUUCUAGGAAACAACAAAGAUAAAUCAAGAGUCCUGUUUUAUUCUAGGUUCUUUUUACAGUGAACUUGCCUUGACACUAAGUGGUUAUUGAUCUCUCUUUAAAAAAUGUAUUCUAACUGUAUUAUUGUAUGUAAUCCUGCAGUAAGACAAUGCAAAACUUCCUGGAAGUAGAUGAGAAAUGUAUGCUUAUAGUCAUCAACAUAAAUGAAAACACGAAUGUCAUCAUCCUGAGAUACCCUCAUCACUGACUCUGCCCUCCAUCCCCCAGGCCGCCAGCAGUUUCCUGUGAGGCACUUUCUCUACCACGGACUUUGUGGACUCCAUUUUCUUUAUCUCUAAACUUUGCUCCCUCUCAUUUAUAUGUGAGACAUCAUGUGUGAUUAUGCUCAUCCUACAAGAAGAGAAGUAAUAAAUGU